AUGUACACAGAUACAGAUUCUCUAGUGUAUCAUAUCAACACGAAAGAUUUUUAUGAAGACUUAACCAUCAACUCGAAUUUGUUAGAUCGAAUGGAUACAUCUGACUUACCAAAAGAUCACCCUUGCUAUAUAGCCGAACGUAAAAAGAUCCCAGGUCUAUUUUCCGACGAGACCAAGGGUGCUAUAAUGACGGAGUUUUGUGCCUUGAGAGCCAAGUCCUAUGCAUAUAAUAUUUAUGCUGGGGAAGAGGACGAGCAGAAAGAUAAAGAUGACAGAGUAGGAGGGGAAAACAUAAAGGCGAAGGGUAUCCGCAGGCAUGUGGUUAAGAACCACAUGUCACUUGCGGAUCAUGUAAAGUGUUUGUUCAGUGAUGAAAGUCUCGAUAAAUAUACAGAAAAUGUCUCCAUACGCUCCUUUAAACAUCAGCUCAUGACGAUAAAUACGAGAAAGCUAACUUACAACAACUAUGAUGAUAAGAGAGUUAUCCUAGAAGACAAAAUCCACACCUUGGCUCACGGACAUUACUCAAUAAAGAAAGAUGAACCCGAGGACGAAUGGUCAGAGCUUGAAGAUGAGGUAGAUGAUCGAGGACUGAAAUGGAACGAUGAGGAAAAAGAUUUUAUGAGAGAGCUUCUCCGUCAUAUUGUAAAUUAA